UUUAUUUUUCUUCUCAUUAUGUGGACUGAGGGAGCAAGACGAAGAUGGCAAUACUGAUGUGACUUUGCUCCACUCAAGAUUCAAGAGGAAGAGUAUCCAUUAAAAACUACAGAUUUCAAGGCACAGCACCAAGAAGAGAAGAAAUGAUAAGAAGAAAAUUCAUGGUUCCUGUCUCUGCAACUCACAUUCUAUCUACCAUCUUUUUCUUCUUGUGUUCUGUCCUGCAUUGCUCUGCUAGAGAUACCAUCACACCGGAGGAUUGGCUUAGUAAUGAUGGAGGAACUCUUGUUUCUGCAGGCAAAACUUUUGAACUUGGCUUCUUUAAUCCAGAUGGAAGCUCCAAGAUUGGAAGAUUCGUGGGCAUAUGGGAUUACAGGUCGAAACCACGAAGAGUUGUAUGGGUGGCCAACCGAAAGAAACCCCUUCCCCUUUCUGAUACCCCCUCUGGAGUUUUUGCCAUUAAAGAAGAUGGUAAGCUCAAGGUAUUGGCCGAAAUUAAUGGAGCAGUUCAUUGGUCUACUGAUAUUGAAACAUCUUCAUCUAAAGACAGGAUGGUGAAGCUCAUGGACUCUGGGAACCUUGUAUUGAGUGACAACAGAUCCGGAGAGAUUCUUUGGGAGAGCUUCCGUAAUCCCACCGAUACUUUUCUUCCUGGUAUGAAGAUAGAUGAAAGCUUAAUAUUGACCUCAUGGUUAAGCCCCGUUGACCCUGCGCCUGGAAACUAUACCUUCAAGCUAGAUCAAGAAAAAGAGAACCAGUAUAUCAUAUCUCAAAAUUUAUAUGUCCAACGCUGGCGCAGUGAGGACUGGGAUGGAACGUUUGAUGGGAUGCCUGAAGCAAUACGCAGCUUCUUGUCCAAUAUCUCCAGGAAUGACACCUAUACAAGGCAGAGAUCUAUCCCCAACUCAUCAGUUGAAAAACAGUUGGUAAUGAGUUCUUCAGGGGAAAUUCAGUACUAUGCGAAUUGGAAUACAUCGUCUCCAGUCUGGUGGGCACCGCAAGACCGAUGCAGUGUGUCAAAUGCUUGUGGGAAAUUCGGAAGUUGUAGCACUAAGAAUGCUUUGAUGUGCAAAUGUUUGCCUGGGUUUAAACCAGUCUCGCCGGAUAGUUGGAAAACUGGAGAGUUCUCAAGUGGGUGUACCAGAAAGUCACCCAAAUGCAAGAAGAAUUCCAGUGAAGACAUGUUCCUGAGUUUAAAGAUAAUGAAAGGGAAAAAUCCAUACUCUUCUAUUUUAGCAGAUACGAAUGAUGGUCAAUAUUGCAGAAAGGCUUGCCUUAGUGACUGCCAAUGUCAAGCUUAUGCUCAAACUAAAAUAACACAAAGGGGCAGUAACCCAGAAUGCUUGAUUUGGACAGAUGAACUUAGUGGUCUUCAGGAGGAGUAUGCCUCUGAUGCUGACAACCUCUUUGUUCGUGUAUCUAUUUCAGAUAUAGAAUCAACAGUAAGAAAUUGUCAAACUUGUGGCUCAAACAUGAUUCCUUAUCCUAUAAGCACUGGAUCAAAGUGUGGUGAUCCCAUGUACUUCAAUUUUGAAUGUAACAUUACCACAGGCCAGGUUCAGUUCAAGGUACCUGGUGGCACCUACCGGGUAACUAGCAUUAAUCCAGAGACAUUAACAUUUGUAAUCCAACUGAAAGAAUCAGAUUGCAGUUCUCAAAGUCUUAUCGACAAAAUUCCACCACUGAACCCGCCUUUUCACAUGACCAAUGUCUGCACAGUGGUCAAAAUUGACAAUUUUGGCUCUGAGAUGUCAUUGGAAAAUAGCAUCGAGAUAGAGAUCAGUUGGGAUCCACCAUUGGAGCCGUUGUGUACCUCAUCAGCAGACUGCAAGGAUUGGCCUAAUUCAAAUUGCAGAACACAAAAUGGAACCACCAAGUGCUUUUGCAAUGAAAAAUUUAAGUGGAAUGGAUCAAGUUUAGAUUGUACACAAGACCUUGGCAAUAAGAUGUCGUCAUCAUCAUCUCCGGUAGUUGUGGUAGGCAUAACAAUUGUUGUUGUUCUAGUUGCGCUUUUAAGCACCAUUGGUUAUAUUGCUUAUUUGCGCAACAGAAACAUCACCAAAAGGAAAGGAAACAGGGCAAAUCCUGUGCUGCACUUGUAUGAUAGUGAAAGCCGUGUGAAACACUUAAUAGACUUGAAGCAAUUCAAAGAUGAGGAUAAGAAAGGCAUUGAUGUACCAUUUUUCGACUUAAAAGACAUCCUGGCUGCUACGGAUAACUUUUCAGAUUCGCAUAAGCUUGGACAAGGGGGCUUUGGGCCGGUUUACAAGGGCAAAUUUCCAGAUGGGAAGGAAGUAGCUGUGAAGAGACUCUCAAGUGCUUCAAGGCAAGGCCUAGUGGAAUUUAAGAAUGAGGUUGUGUUGAUUGCCAAACUUCAGCAUCGAAAUCUGGUUAGACUUCUGGGCUAUUGUAUUGAAGAAGAUGAGAAAAUUUUACUUUAUGAAUAUAUGCCCAACAAAAGCUUAGACUCCUUCAUAUUUGAUCGAAUGCUAUGCGUGUUACUGAACUGGGAGAGUCGCUUUGACAUCAUUUUGGGAAUUGCUCGAGGGCUAAUUUAUCUUCACCAAGAUUCUAGGUUGAAGAUCAUUCACAGGGACUUGAAGACGAGCAACAUUCUACUAGAUGGGGAUAUGAAUCCCAAAAUUUCAGACUUCGGCUUGGCCAGGAUCUUUGAGAGCAAGCAAACAGAGGCAAACACAAACAGAGUAGUGGGCACUUUUGGCUAUAUGUCUCCAGAAUAUGCGCUAGAUGGGUAUUUCUCAGUAAAAUCUGAUGUCUUUAGCUUUGGUGUCGUUGUACUUGAGAUCAUCAGUGGGAAGAGGAACACAGGAUUUUAUCAAUCUGACCAAGCUAUGAGCCUUUUAGGUUAUGCAUGGAGAUUGUGGAAAGAAGACAAGGUGUAUGAUCUGAUGGACCAGACACUAAGUGAAACAUGCAACACUAAUGAAUUCUUGAGGUGUGUAAAUGUUGGGUUGUUGUGUGUACAAGAAGACCCAAGUGAUCGCCCCACCAUGCCCAAUGCAUUUCUCAUGCUCAGCAGUGAGAUAGCCACACUUCCAGUACCCCAGCAACCAGCCUUUGUUGUGAGAAGAGGGCCGCCCAGCUUAGCUCCUUCCUCUUCCACCAAUCCGAAAACAAGCUCCAACAAUGAGAUAACCGACAGCUUAGAAGAAGGUAGAUAGUUAGGGAGAAUCAACCAUAAUUCCAGUCUUGUCUGUUGGUGUUAUCAACUUCAUAUAUGCUGCAUCAGAAUUGGAUUUCUUAGGACAUAAUCACAGGUGUGUUUUAGUGUAAAUUGAUUUCCUGAAUAUCUAUUCGAUUGUUCUCUACACCAAUUGUAAAUCACUGACUUCCCAUCUUAUUUUCUA